AAAACAAUAUGAACCUAUGGGACAAUACUUUGAAUUUUACAAGUAAUGAUAAUAUGAAAGAAUAUGAUAAAUCAGUUGAAAGCAACAAUAAUCCAACAAAUAAUAAUAUGCUAUUAGAUAAACCUAAACAACCAAUAAAUCCAACUUAUCCUGUAUGCCUUAUUGAAGAAAAUAAAAAACCAAGUGAAAAUUUAAAAAUUAGAAAAAUAUUGCAAGAAAACAAACAAUAUCUUAAGGAGAUACUAAAAAAUUAUCAAGAUCUUUUUGUGAAAGAACUUUAUAAACUUAGAAAAACAACUGUAGUUUUACCCUACGUUAAAGCUGAACACAAAUUCAUUGGUCAGAAAAUUCAAAGAAUAGAAGAGGAGCAAAUAGAGUUAGUUCUAAAAGCCUUACAUGAAGAUCCUGUAUCUGAGCAUUUAAAUGAAAACAUAGUUCUUGAGAAGAAAACCUACAAAAAGAAAGCAUUAUACACAAUCAAGCUUUAUAAUGAUUAUAACAUUUUUCAAGCUAAAAAUCAAUGA